UGUGUUCGUUUUGCUUCAACAAUGGUUCACCAUAAGAUAAUAAUCCUGUGCAUUCAGCGCGAAAUACUAACAGGAUCUAGAGAUCCCAGUCAACAUGAAGAAGUUUACCGAGGAAUCUUGGGAUUAUCGCCAAUGCGUCCUAUAGACAAUAAGAUGGUAUGUCAGCUGAUCCCUAAAUUCUUCAAACAUUUUCCCCACCUUGCAAAAAGGGCUCUUGAAGUUUACUUUGAUUUAUGUGAAGACGAUGAUGUUGCUGUAAGGCAAGAAGCUAUCAAAGGAUUGCCACAGCUGUGUGGCGAAAUACAAGAGUAUACAGUGCUUAUUGCUCGUCUUUUGGCAAAGUUACUUCUUAAGACUGAUUCCGGUGAGGUUUCGAUCGUGAGUGAGUCUUUGGUCAGUGUUAUCCAGUGGGAUCCUGUGUCAGCCAUAGCGGUUAUAUUAGACCAAAUUAAAAAAGGCAGCUAUAAAGUUUUAGGUAGUGCUAAAACUUUUUUCAAUCCAGUCGUUAAUUCUAAUGAAUAUUUAAUAUUUUUCUGCAAAAAAAUUUUACCUAAAUUCAUGUCUUUUCCUGGUGCAAAAUAUGGAUCUGAGAGUGCUAUAGCAAUACUAAAAUUAUUAACAGAAGUAGCAACGUAUUCAGACUUGAAAUUUAUUGAUGAUUUGAUAGAUGAAGUGUUUGAUGUCUUGACUCAGUUUCUACCUAUUCCGGCUAAAGAUGAACAAGACACUUAUAAGAGACUGCAAUUCCCGUCUGUGGAAUGCCUUCUGUAUACAAUGCAUCUUAUGAUGCGUUCAACUCCUUCUUAUUUUCUUUAUAAGCCUGACCAGUUGACGGACUUUAGAAUAAGACUUCUUUAUCUCCUUAGAGCUUCACAUACAUAUACCAAAAUAUUAGAAGAUGUUCUUAAAAAGAAAGAAAAGGAUGAAGAGGAUAGGGCUAAAAUAGUGACUUUAAAGAUCAUUUCAAACAUUAAGAUAUUGAUCAAAGAUUUUUUCCGUAAUCCUCCAAGUCAAAAAUCUUUAAUAGUACUAUCUUGGCUCGGAAUUGAAAAUCCUUCUGCCAAGAGAAAAGCCACAUCAGCUGACAGGACCUCAAAGAUAUUUAAAGGACACUACGGACAACGGGUACAUCGACCUCGCAUGUUUGUUCCAAAAGUACCGAAAUACCUUUGCAACAUGUACCCUCCUAAUAUUCGCCUGUCCCGAUUCGACAAAUGGGCCCUUGAUUACGUCAUCAAAACUGAAUAGAGGAACAAAUUCAGUAUAUGUAUUCGAAAUUUACAAACGGUGCUUUAAAAAC